AUGUUUUCCAGAGGGUCUGGCUCACAGGAACCAUUUUUUACCCGCAGGAAUCAAUCAAAUCUCCCAGUCUCAGACACGCAACCGAACCUUGGGCUUUUGUCUCCACUAAUCGACUCAGUGGAAACUCCUGACUUCCCACAAGGUGUUCUUCCUGGUCCAGAAUCUCACUGGCCCAUUCAGAGUUCUAUCUCGGCUGUGCAAAGUGACUCAACAACAUUUGGACUACCACUUCCCCCACAUCAUUCAACAACGCUGAAUACUAGCACGAGCCAGCCUCACACUCUGCUAGGCUCGAAUUAUCCAACGGGGCCAACAGCCCAGCCUAUCGAGGACUCAACUCCUAUUAAGGAAGAAAUUGAGUCUGAACAUCCACACGGCCUUGGCAUCUCAUCUUAUCCCAUGUCAGUAACACCAGACACUUAUUUUGCUGGCUCAAUGCAACAAAAUCCUCAUCAAUAUGCGUGGACAAACCGGCCCUACCAGCCUCUGCAACCGCCAGCAGGACAAAUGAGCCCACCAUUUCCAUCUUCACAUCCGUCAUAUCCUUCAUCGAGCUAUCCAAUGGGUUAUCCUAAUCAGCCAAACGGGCCGAUGCAUGGAUAUCAACAGCAGGGACAUCAAUUACCGGCGUCUUAUCUCGCAGCACCUGGCAACCCUUCCCGUCACACUCAGCCUCGAAAUCCACCACUCGCCCGUCCCUUCCACCCUCAAUCUGCUUCGGGCACUCCUUCUCAACCCGAGCAGCCUCUCAUGACGUCUCCUCCUCCUUAUAUGAUAAAUCAACCUGCCUACUAUUUCCCUGACGCAUCAGCCAUUCCAUCGCACCCUGCCUCCAUAAGCUCUCAACCACCACCGAUGCCCGCCCCCGAGCCAAUGUACUCUUCGCCAGAAUCAGCUGCCGCCACAGACUCUGAUCAUCCAGUCCGAGUACUCAGCUUGCGCCCGCGACCACAAUGCUGGGACCAUGGCUGUAAUGGCCGUGAGUUCUCAACAUUUAGCAAUCUCCUCCGCCACCAGCGAGAAAAGUCAGGAGUGGUAGCUAAGGCUGAAUGCCCAAUAUGCGGUGCGGUAUUUACACGCACAACAGCACGUAACAUCCAUGUUGCGCAGGGCAAGUGUAAAAGCUCAGGCGGGGAAUCAUCCACGGAGUAG